AUGGAGGGGUACGUCGACCUGGAAAAGGCGCUUGGGGUGGCCAUCAAGGCGGCGCGGAGUGCCGGCGACAUCAUGUGGGAGUUCUACCAACUUCGCCGGGAGCACGCCGCGGCGCGGGCGACGCGGGAGGGCGGCUGCCAGGCCCCAUCCGCCGCCGCCGCCGCCGCCCCGCCGAAGCCGAGCCCGCUGGAGCUGCUCCAGAUCCAGACGAAGUCCUCCGCCAACGACCUUGUGACGCACUACGACACCCUCUGCGACGAGACGAUCAUUAAAAUCCUGCAGCGCCACGAUGCAAAGGUGGAGAAUGAAAAGCAAAAGGCGGGAUUUGCGUCGUUUCAAUUCCGAUUCAUAACGGAGGAGGCCAGCCCCGACGCCCCCCUGACCGACGACCCGACGUGGAUUGUCGACCCAAUCGACGGCACCAUGUCGUUCGUCCACGGCGGCUGCGACUGCUGCGUCAGCAUCGGGCUCGCCAUUAAGAAGCAGACGGUGCUCGCGGUUGUGUACUGCCCCUUUCUUGGGAGCCCGCAGAAUUCGAUGGAUGACUCAAGCCCCACCGCCGUCCCGGUGGGGGAAUUGUACACCGCCAUCCGUGGAAAAGGGGCAUUUCUCAACGGACAAGCCAUCCGCGUCGCCGCGGACGUCGUGCCCACGACGGCUCUGGUGACGUUUAAUUGCCCCACGCGCGUCAGACUUUCCGAGGAGGAGAUGUCGAAGAGCAAGUCUCAAUGGGAAUCCAUCAAGCGGGAAAAGCACCAGAAAAUCCUUGAGGCUGCGGGGCAUAUUCGCAAGGAGCUUGCCAUGCUUCCCGUGCAGGGCCUUCGCAGCUAUGGUGCCUGUGCCCUUAUUCUCGCGCAGGUUGCAGCAGGGCGCGUGGAUCUCUACAUGGAGCCCGCGGGCAUGGUGUGGGAUGUGUGCGCCGGAAGUCUUUUGGUGACAGAAGCCGGCGGUGUUGUAAAGAACAUCAGAGGUGGUGAGUUUGGGCUGGAGGGCGGCACGACGAUCAUCGCGGCGGCGAACGAGACGCUCGCCGAGUACGCAGCCAAACUCUGCAGCGAGGUGGGGUAUGGGAAUUACUGGGAAAAGUAA